AUGAACGACUCGAACCUCGACCCGGCUCUCAAGGCCACCGGCGGUGCGAUCAGGGAAGUCUCUGCAGAAGCAAGUGCGCGUGUCUUAAAGAAGAUUGACAGGCAUUUGCUCCCCCUCAUGUGCUGGAUCUAUAUGGUCCAGUUUGCCGAUAAAUCCAGUCUCAACUACUCGUCGCUAAUGGGUAUCAAAGGCGACACCCAUCUCACCGGGUACCAGUACAGUUGGCUAGGAAGCAUCUUCUAUGCAGGCUAUAUCUUCUGGGAGUUUCCAACCACCUAUCUCUUCCGCCGGCUUCCCGUCGGCAAGUAUCUGUCCAUCAACAUUGUGCUUUGGGGGGCGGUCUUGGCCUGCCACGCUGCGACUUCCAACUGGGCUGGUCUCAUGACCACACGGUGCAUCUUGGGUGUCUUUGAAGCCACCAUCACACCAGGGUUCGUUGUCAUCACGUCGAUGUGGUAUAAGCAGAAUGAGCAGGCCCGUCGUAUGGGUUACUGGCUUGGCUGCAAUGGCGUCGCGUCUAUUAUCGGUUCCCUCAUCGCUUACGGCCUCUCGGCUGUUACGACCUCGGCUCUGGCCCCUUGGAAGAUUCUCUUCCUCUUAUUUGGCCUGGCCACUGUCGUUACUGGCGUUUUUUAUCUAUGGUAUAUGCCCGACAAUCAACUGAAUGCCAAGUUUCUUAACGAGGAGGAGAGAGUCAUUGCCAUCGAACGGAUUCGAGAUAACUUCCAGGGUAUUGGGAACCGUGUCUGGAAGUGGGAGCAGUUCUGGGAAGCUAUGCGUGACCCCCGUACCUGGCUCUACGGCCUUUACUCUCUGAUCAUGAAUAUUCCUAACGGGGGCAACACCACUUUUGGAGGUGUCAUCAUUAACUCGUUCGGCUUCGAUUCGCGCACCUCGCUACUUCUUAGCGCUCCAGCCGGCGCUGUUGAUCUCGGCAGCAAACUAUUCUUCCCCUACCUCUCGGACCGCUUUAUGGACCGGACCCUGUUCUCUGGCAUCGCCAUCCUCUUCGCCAUGCUAGGUGGCAUCCUUAUGAUUGUCAUUCCACUCGAGCACCGGGGCCCGCUCCUUUUCGGCUACUAUCUGAUCGCCACAGCUGGCGCGUCAUGGUGUCUCGUUAUGGUCCUUAUCUCUAAUAAUACACUCGGCUAUACUAAGAAGGUUACCGUCAAUAGCGUCCAAAUCAUCUGCUACGCCGCUGGUAACUGGAUCGGCCCGCAGACCUUCCGCAGCAGCGAUGCUCCCGAGUACCGGACUGGCAAGACCAUAAUUGCAUGCCUCUAUGGGGUGACAGCCCUCGUCCUCCUGACCAUUCGCCUCGUCAAUAUCCGAGAAAACAAGCGCCGCGAUAAGCUUCAGACCCGGUCGUGCGUCGACUUGAAUGACCCCGAAGUCAAAGCUGAGAUCGAGAGGUCAAAAUUCAUGGACUUGACGGAUUAUCAGCAACCCCACUUCCGAUAUGUCCUGUAAAGCCACUGCAGCACUUGGCGACACAGAUAGGUUUUGGUCAGUACCCCGAGGUAGAGAUGUGGUGGCUCGGGAAAGAAUCGUUAGUCGUAUUACGUCGCGUUAUAUGAUAUCAUUUUUGUCAUUCUGUUCUUUGAAUGGUUCAGGCUAGUGCAACACGCACCGCUGUUCAACAGCUGACACACAUUUGGCCACCUGGCCGUAUCAGCCACCCUGUACCUAGAUAUACUGCAAUAUAUGAAUGCGAG